UCACGCUCUGCGCGCACAACUCGUACGCACCCUCCUCUCUGUCUGCAUCCCUUCUCCGAGGCAACGACCCCCAUGCUCUGUGCGAGACCCAUAGCAGCGUCGCUCUGUCAGGAGGAUAAAGCAGGAGACGAGACAAGGAAACAGGGGAAAAAAACAUGGCGCUCAUCCCAUCUCAGGUGCUAAGGGUAGCCAUCCUCCUGUCCUAUUUCUCCAUCCUCUGCAAUUAUAAAGCAAUUGACAUGCCCGCGCAUCAAACAUACGGCGGUAGCUGGAAGUUUUUAACAUUCAUAGACCUGGUUAUCCAGGCAGUGUUCUUUGGCGUGUGUGUGCUGACAGACCUCUCCAGCCUGCUGACCAAGGGCAGUGAGAGCCAGGAGCAGGAGAGGCAGCUUAGGAAGCUCAUUGGCCUGAGGGACUGGAUGAUGGCCGUGCUGGCCUUCCCUGUUGGAGUGUUUGUGGUGACCAUGUUCUGGGCCCUGUACUUGUAUGACAGAGACCUGGUGUACCCCAGACUUCUGGACAACUUCAUACCCCAGUGGCUCAACCAUGGCAUGGCAGUCGUUAAGAGUGGAAAAUAGCAGUGCCCACAGACAAAUGUGGAAUAGGCCUUUCGCAGAGGAGAAGAUUGUCUCUAACUGUCAGCCCCUGCUGUGACUUUGGAGUUUAAGACUGGGACGAAGGAGAUAUCCAUUUAAAGUAAGACUUUAAGGUCCCUACUGUAACUCUUGUGAAAGUAGAGGUCUCUCUUAGUAUGGCUAUGACCAAUCAACAUCCCUUCCAAUAUACUGCUCAGAUGAUUCAGGCUUCCAAUGCACUCUAAUGGUGUCCACAUGGUUGAUCAUGACAUGUUUGGUUUACCAACACCUAAGGAGCUACAUACAGUCCCAGACAGCUUUCAAGUUCUUUUCUUUUUAGUUGUAUUUUUUUAUUUUUUUUGACAAUGUGUUUUUUAUUGUUUUUCCACGGCACCCCACAAACAACACAACACACAAACAACACAACACACAAACAACAUGGCCACUAUACAACACAUUCCCCAAGAUGAUCAACAUAUGGUUUCCACAUUUUGUCAAACACUUCUGGUUUUUGUUUAACUUCAUAAUUCACAAAACCCUGCGGCAUCACUAGAUAGUUCAGUCCUCCACUUUGUUAUUUUUGCAGCAAUUAGACUUAGAUCACAAAACUUACUCUGAACUUAUUGUUCACCAAUAUUUACAUUUCCCAACAGACAUAAUUGUGGAGAUGGAUGGAUUUAAAUUCCUAGACACAAUGAAAUGACAGCACAUACAGCACAUAAUCCCAGAACGGUGUCAGUUUAUCACAGGACCACAACAUCCUUUGUGCUUUUUGCAUCUCUAACAGAGAUGUGACAUUUCUGGGUGUGUUACAUGGAUUCGGGCAGGAGUGCAGAAAGUACUAUGAAUGAUCUUAAACUGCAGUAGUUUAUGUAGUGUAACUUCAACCAAUGCUAUUACCCAGACCAAAGAGAAGACACUUUUACUACGAAAAACAGAAGUGUUUGUUUAAGUGGACUGUUUUUCAGAACUCUUGUAGACUUCACAUUACGUACUGUAUGCACACUUGGAUCCCAAGCCGUUUUAGGUGCAACCUCAAGUACGCAAACACAGAUGAGACGAAAACCACAUUCAUAAUGAGAAAGACGUAGCUAGGCGUAGCCCAUUGUUAACCAGACUUCCCCCGUUGUUACAGCACUGCAGCUCCCACCUAAAUCAUUCAGUCAUGUUCUAAACUCUGUGGUGCUUCCUCUGUCUUGGACUGAUAAAACAGGUAAGACAGAGGCGGCUGAAAUAAGAUUGCCCCCUGGUGGGCAUUGUCCAUAGCUGCCUGGCACAUGAAUCAAAGUUUAUUGGCUGUCAUGACACGUUUUUAUUGCAGGUAUAAAGGCAAUUGUGGGUCCUCCUACAUUUGUACCUUGACAUAUAUCAUUUCGACCUGUUAUGGGGCCUAGUGUUCCUUGCAUUAUCUGAUGACUAGACCCAUCACUCAGGGCAGUCCCACAGAAUUCUCCAUGUAGUGUCAUAAUGUAGAUAACUCUUCUGUGGGGCGUUGUUAUAUAAGAUGUUAGGUGUGACGAGAUAGCAGCACAGCGGUGUAUGUCUCUGGAUAGCAGUCUAGUAGUAGGCCUCCCGGGUGGCGCAGUGGUCUAGGGCACUGCAUCUCAGUGCUAGCUGCGCCACCAGAGUCUCUGGGUUCGCGCCCAGGCUCUGUCGCACCCGGCCGCAACCGGGAGGUCCGUGGGGCGACGCACAAUUGGCAUAGCGUCGUCCGGGUUAGGGAAGGUUUGGCCGGUAGGGAUAUCCUUGUCUCAGUAUGUAAAAUGUAAUGAAAUGUUUAAAAAAAUGUAAUAAAAUGUAUGCGCUCUACUGUAAGUCGCUCUGGAUAAGAGCGUCUGCUAAAGGACUAAAAUGUAAAUGUAGGAACCAUAGAGCUAUUAAAGGUAGCUGGGUAUAAUCAUUGUGCUUCAUUAGACAUACCAGGGUACUUGAGUGCAUAACACUGUCCCAUAACCUAACUGAGCAUGUAUGUAACAACCAACCCCAAAACCACACUCGCUAUACCUUGCUUCAUUUUCCACUGCUUGUUCAUGUUUUCUCUGCAAUUAUACAGUCAUGUAAGUGUUCGCUUUUACACGCUUACUACCUGCAGCCUUUUAGAAAAUCUGGAAAGUGACAGAUGGGAUCUGUAUGUUAUUACUGGCAGGUGUUCAAUAUCUCACUAAGGACAUAGUGUAACCCAGUCUUAUGUAAGACAUGCUCAGUUAUGGCUGGGAUGGCAGAGGGAGGAGAAGACGAGUGAAGAAUUAGAGAAAGGCAGGCAUACGUUAUUUUAUGACUCAGCUCCCCCAUGUUCUUCCAGAAAACAGAAUGGGCCAGUUUCAUUUUGAUUAACGCCCAGUAAAGACAGUCGGUCACAACAAAUCAUUGAGAAUGAUAAGAGGCAUUGUUGACAACACAAGGCCAGAGGUGCUAUCUAGCCUGUGAUCUAUAACUCUACAAUUCUAGAGGGUGGCCAUCUUUCACCCCUUUUCCCUUCCUAUUUAAUCCCUCCAUCCCAAUGCAGGCCUCUCCCAACUGGCCUGUCCUGUUCUCAGGGUUAGGUCAAAGGUCAUGGCCCCAGCUGGCAUCAAGAGUUAGGCACAUCAUCACUACACAGCGUGCCCACUCUAGCCCUGAGAAGCCCUAACACUGGUGCCAGGCAUUUUCAUCCAGGACAGCCUGUCAUAACAUGAGAUAAUCACAUCAAGACUGCCAGCAGAGCCCAGUGUUCUGCUCCCAUAUAGUACAAUCAAAGAUACUGUUAACUAACUCAAGAUAUAUCAUUGGCAUUGUUUCCAAUGGGAACAAAUUAAGCAUAUUGGGCAUGACAAGCAAGCAGGUGGGCAGAGCCAAGCACCAGCUAGCAGGAUUCUAUUGGGGCAUUCUAGCAUGUAUUUGCAUAUUUCAGUUAGGGAAUGCCUACUCUAAAUGGCACGUGUGCAAUAACUCAAAACGCCCUUGCACUCCUAAACAAUAACAUUUUUAAAACUUGUACAAAGGGUCAAGUGAAGUCUAAAAAACUGCACUCUGUUCGUAACAUAUUUCAGGUUUUGGGAACAGAAAACUGUAUUGAGAUUUAAUAUUUAAUCGAUGAGAGAAUAAGCAGUCAGCCAAGUUUCAUCUAGCUCCAUCUACUCCCACUUCCCGCCACUGGACUUCCUCUCAUCACCAUAUUUGGUGGUGAGAAGAUGUUCUAAACGGAUGCUUCAGAUUUAUACAUCCUGUGAGACAUCUGGCUCCUUCUAUCUGUCAUACAAUGCAAUCAUCCUCUUCUCUCCUUCCUAAUGGAAGACAUUACACAGCAACUCAAUCCCCAGUGGGAGAACCAAACGUCCCUAGCUUUCAUUUCUCCACUCUGAUUAUGCUUCAAUGUAAUUAGAUGUUGAGUGGAAGUCAAAUGCCAUAAUUUUCAGUGGAUAAGGAGGGAGAUAUUGUUGCUUGUUUCAUUUGUAUGACACAGGACAUCUUAACCUCUGCUCUGUGGUAAGUCAUCAUAACAAAAGUCUCUGCGUACUGUUUCUCAAUCCUCGGACAAUAUCCGUCAAGAUUCUCCCAAGAGGUGCAUUUUUGUCCCUCUGUGUCAUAAAAACGCCAGCUAAUGCUUCCUGCCUAUCUCCUCCCUCCGCCCCUAAACUCCCACUCCUUCACACAGACACACACCCCGCCUGAAAUGUACAUUAGGUUAAGCCCGACUUCAAGCUGGAGGAAAACAAUGUCUCUCGAGAAAAUCUUCCUGUUUAGAUCUUCGUCCUGGGAAGAACCGUAAAACCAAGAGGAGCGUAUUAAAACAUGGUGUAACAUUUUUCACGGAAACCUUGUGGGCCUGCCAUGAACUGUUCUUUAUAUCACACACAGACUUUGGAGGAAAAACAGAGGGAGGGGAUGGGGGGAGUGUAGUGGAGGAGUGCAGAAGAAAAAAAUAACCUGGCAUCAUUAGCUACUCAGCAGUGAGCCUCUCCCCGUCAACUUAGACUUGCUUAUUUGGUUUAGAAGAUGUUGGCCGUCGCUCAAAGCUUUUCACAUCUGCUGAAAUUUGUUCGGUUCAGGAUUCCAGAAACGGGUUUCUGAGCGCAGAUUAGCGAACCAGGGAGCGGCCAAAUUCACCGGCCGUCAGGCGGUUUUGAGAGCGUUCUCUGUCUGCAAUAGUUACGCUAAAAGAGUUGCGCAUCACAACAGACUUGUAAAAAUAGCAGGUGAACCGCAAAUUCGCACAGCACAUGUGUCAGGAUGGUAGUCAGUCACACAGACGAGCAUGUGUUGUUGUUCGAUGCAUGGAGCAGAUUUUUAAUAUAGCCCAUCAGACAACAGUGUGAUGUCACUAUUAGAGGUCCAUCUGAUACUACAAUCAUUCAUAUGUAGCUAAUAAGCUGAUUUGAAAGUAUGAGAGUCAUUCCAUAUGUAAUGUGAUAGGACAACAACCUCUCCCUCAUCGUCAGUAAGACAAAGGAGCUGAUCGUUGACUACAGGAGAAAGAGGGGAGAGCACGCCCCCAUCCACAUCGACGGGGCUGUUGUGGAGCAGGUCGAGAGCUUCUAAUUCCUUGGCGUCCACAUCAAGAAAAUUACAAGAUCCACACACACCCGCACAGUCGUGAAGAGGGCACGGCAGCGCCUCUUCCCCUUCAGGAGGUGAAUAUUUUUAUUGCAUGGGCCCUCGGAUCCUCAGAAAGUUCUACAGCUGCACCAUCGAGAGCAUCUUGACUGGCUGCGUCACUGCUUGGUAUGGCAAAUGCACCACCCUUGACCACAAAGCGCUACAGAGGGUGGUGCAGACAUCCCAGUACAUCACUGGGGCCGACUCCCUGCCAUCCAGGACGUCUAUAUCAGGCGAUGCAGAGGAUGGCUCGAAAAAUUGCCAAAGACUCCAGCCACCCAAUCCAUAGACUGUUCACUCUGCUAUCAUCCGGCAAAUGGUACCGGAGCAUCGGCUCUCGGACCAACCGAGACUGCUACCCCCAAGCCUUAAGACUGCUAAAUAGCCAAACUGCUAAAAAGUAAAUUAAUGUUACCCGAACUACCUGCACUGACAUUUUCUAACAUUUCCCUAUGCACACUCACUAGUCUAUAUAUACAAACCAUAUACACACUCACACACACUACAUUGACACUCCCACACAAAACCCACAUACAUUCACUACAUACAGUUGAAGUCAGAAGUUUACAUACACCUUAGCCAAAUACAUUUAAACUCAGUUUUUCACAAUUCUUGACAUUUAAUCCUAGUAAAAAUUCCCUGUUUUAGGUCAGUUUAUCACCACUUUAUUUUAAGAAUGUGAAAUGUCAGAAUAAUAGUAGAGAGAAUGAUUUAUUUCAGCUUUUAUUUCUUUCAUCACAUUCCCAGUGUGUCAGAAGUUUACAUACACUCAAUUAGUAUUUGGUAGCAUUGCUUAUAAAUUGUUUAACUUGGGCCAAACGUUUUGGGUAGCCUUCCACAAGCUUCCCACAAUAGGUUGGGUGAAUUUUGGCCCAUUCCUCCUGACAGAGCUGGUGUAACUGAGUCAGGUUUGUAGGCCUCCAUGCUCGCACACACUUUUUCAGUUCUGCCCACACAUUUUCUAUAGGAUUGAGGUCAGGGAUUUGUGAUGUUCACUCCAAUACCUUGACUUUGUUGUCCUUAAGCUAUUUUGCCACCACUUUGGAAGUAUGCUUGGAGUCAUUGUCCAUUUGGAAGACCCAUUUGCGACCAAGCUUUAACUUCCUGACUGAUGUCUUGAGAUGUUGCUUCAAUAUAUCCACAUAAUUUUCCUUCUUCGUGGUACCAUCUAUUUUGUGAAGUGCACCAGUCCCUCCUGCAGCAAAGCACCCCCACAACAUUAUGCUGUCACCUCCAUGCUUCACGGUUGGGAUGGUGUUCUUCGGCUUGCAAGCAUCCCCCUCCUUUUUCCUCCAAACAUAAUGAUGGUCAUUAUUGCUAAACAGUUCUAUUUUUGUUUCAUCAGACCAGAGGACAUUUCUCCAAAAAAUACGAUCUUUGUCCCCGUGUGCAGUUGCAAACCAUUGUCUGUCUUUUUUUAUGGUGGUUUUGGAGCAGUGGCUUCUUCCUUGCUGAGCAGCCUUUUAGGUUAUGUCGAUAUAGGACUCGUUUUACUGUGGAUAUAGAUACUUUUGUACCUGUUACCUCCAGCAACUUCACAAGGUCCUUUGCUGCUGUUCUAGGAUUGAUUUGCACUUUUCGCACCAAAUCACGUUCAUCUCUAGGUGACAGAACACGUCUCCUUCCUGAGCGGUAUGACGGCUGCAUGGUCCCAUGGUGUUUGUACUUGCGUAUUAUUGUUUGUACAGAUGAACGUGGUACCUUCAGGCGUUUGGAAAUUGCUCCCAAGGAUGAACCAGACGUGUGGAGGUCUACAAUUUUUUUUCUGAGGUCUUGGCUGAUUUCUUCAGAUUUUCCCAUGCUGUCAAGCAAAGAGGCACUUUGCAAAGAGGCAGUUUGAAGGUAGACCUUGAAAUACAUCCACAGGUACACCUCCAAUUGAAUCAAAUGAUGUCAAUUAGUCUAUCAGAAGCUUCUAAAACCAUGACAUAAUUUUCUGGAAUUUUCCAAGCUGUUUAAAGGUACAGUCAACUUAGUGUAUGUAAACUUCUGUGAUACAGUGAAUUAUAAGUGGAAUAAUUGAUCUGUAAACAAUUGUUGAAAAAAUUACUUGUGUCACGCACAAAUGAUUAUAGUUUGUUAAAACUUAUUCUGGCUGCAAGGGAAAGUGUUGAGUAGCCAGUGAAAUCGUGCCCAUUUCAAACGGCCUCCUACUCAAUUCUUGCUCGUACAAUAUGGAUAUUAUUAUUAAUAUUGGAUAGAAAACACUCUCUAGUUUCUAAAACCGUUGGAAUUAUUUCUCUGAGUGAAACAGAAUUCAUUUGGCAGCACUUUCCCUGACCAGGAAGUGAAAUGUCAGAAAUAUGUGUUCUGUUCAACUUGAUGCCUAUAUAUGGUCAUGACACUUAGGAGUCUACUUACACUCCAUACGCCUUCCUCUUGGUGUCAAGAGGAUGUGAGAGAAGAAAUGUUGUGUUCAUCUUGGUCUGGGGUGGAAUAAAAGCUAUUUCUUUGACGUGACCGUCCACUUCCGGUACUCUGAAACGCGCGACAAGGAAGUGCCGCCAUUGCCUUCUGUUUUGCUGCCGUAAUAGACGACAACUAUCCCCGGCUCUGAAUUUUUUUGAUACAUGUGAACAUAUCAUCGUAAUGUAUGUUUUUUCAAUAUAGUUUAAUCAGAUUAUUGAAAUUUUUUCGGGAGUUUUGCCGUGUUCCGUCCUCUGACUGUGUUUACGUCGGAGAGAUUUGUGCCACUCGGCUAGUGCCAAUGCUAAGUGAAGAGGGAAAUUUGCCAUUCUGAAUCCAAACAACGACUCAUCUGGACAGAGGACACCUUGUUCAACAUUCUGAUGAAAGAUCAGCAAAAGUAAGACCCAAAUUAUGAUGUUAUUUCAUAUCUGUCGUGCAUGUGAAUUGGUCGUGGGCGCCCAAGUGUAUCUGGCUAUUGUGGCUACGCAAAUAUAGCGCUACACUUUGUUUUCGCUGUAAAACAUUUAAUAAAUCGGAAAUAUUGUUUGGAAUCACAAGAUGCCUGUCUUUCAAUUGCUGCACACUAUGUAUUUUUCGGAAAUGUUUUAUGAUGAGUAAUUAGCUAUUUGACGUUGGUGUCUGUAAAUAUUAUGGCUGCUUUCGGUGCAAUUUCUGAUUGUAGCUGAAAUGUAAACAAUGGUUUAUACCUGAAAUAUGGAAAUUUUUCGAACAAAACAUAUGCUAUACAAUAAAUAUGUUAUCAGACUGUCAUCUGAUGAAUUUGUUUCUUGGUUAGUGGCUAUUUAUAUCUUUAUUUUGUCGAAUUUGUGAUAGCACCUGAUGGAGUAAGAAACUGAUGGAGUAAGAAAAGUGGUGUCUUUUGCUAACGUGGUUAGCUAAUAGAUUUACAUAUUUUGUCUUCCCUGUAAAACAUUUUAAAAAUCGGACAUGUUGGCUUGAUUCACAAGAUGUGUACCUUUCAUAUGCUGUAUUGGACUUGUUAAUGUGUGAAAGUUAAAUAUUUAAAAAUAUAUAUCUUUUGAAUUUCGCGCCCUGCACUUCAGCUGGAUGUUGUCAUAAGUGUACCGGUGUCGGGCUGCACCCCUAACAGGUUUAACAAGACAUUUGUGGAGUGGUUGAAAAAUGUGUUUUAAUGACUCCAACCUAAGUGUAUGUAAACUUCCGGCUUCAACUGUAUGCACACACACGCAGACCUACACAACAGAAACACACAUGCACACUCACACACUUUUACACGCAUCAUAUGCUGCUGCUACCCUGUUCUUUAUUUUACUCUAUUUAGUCAAUUUGCCUUGCCUUCAUGUACAUAUCUACCUCAAAUACCUCGUACCCCUGCACAUUUAUCUGGUAAUAGUACUACCUGUAUAUAGGUCCAUUCUUGUGUUACUAUUAUAUUUUUUAUCUUUAUCUUCUGCGUUGUUGGGAAGGGCUCGUAAGCAAGCAUUUCACGGUAAAGUAGCAUUUAUUUCACACCAGUUGUAUUCUGCGUAUUUGAUAUCACAGAGGUGUGUAUAUACACAAGAUAAGAUAACAUGAGGUUUGUGUUUAGCCGUGCUGGGUAUUUUUGGAAGAGGCCCUGUGAAUGCCAGCACUAUCCCAGGCUGCAUGUUAGAGGGCUGAGGCAGGGAGGUGGCAGGUAUCCAUGGUCGACAGGUGUCCAGCUGACAGCUCCUCUCCGGGAGGGCCGUGGUUCCACUCUAACCCAGCUCUCAUCACCCGCUGGCCUGGCUACUGCCUCUGGAGCCACAGACACAUACACACAGUGGUGGUGAGCUGAAGGGGCCUGUAGGGGCAUGAAGCUGCUCCCUGUCAUCAGAGACACUUCUUCCAGUGUCAGAGGGUUAAAGAACAGCACUGCAGAAAAGAUAAUUAAUGAGUUUGGUUUGAUGUUUACAUUUUUUUUUUUUUUUUUUUACUUUCUAGCAAGAUGAUGAGGGCUAUGGACAUCUGCAGACUCAGCAGAAAUGGAGGCCUUAAAGCCGCAGCUCUGACUCGCUCCUGACUGACCUUAUUUAAGUGAAAACAGAGAGGCAACUCAUUGUUAAACACUUUAAUGUAGUGCUCUCAGAGCCCUCCCUGCCGUGCAGAUGCUUACCGUGGGGGAACAUUUUGACGGAAGAUUUAGCUGAAAAGAAUCUGAUUCUACCUUGCUGCCUGGGCCAGUUGUGUGUGAAGUGGGAGAACAGAUGUGCACGGUGUCUGAGAGAGACAGAUUCAGUUAGCUGGAGAGAACAAACCCAUCUUCUCCAACAAGCCAAAGUGAGUGAGUGAGUGAGUGAGUGAGUGAGUGAG